AGAAGAAUCAGCCUACAUUUCUUCAGCCAGGUAAUGUUAACACUUACAACGUGGAAGACGAUGGCGUUUUUGAGGAGUCAAGUGAAUUGGAUGGAAUCUUUCAUUGGGAUUUCGUCAAUGGUGCACUGUCGCUCUCGUUUAUGGAUCAUAUUUGA